GUCACUUCCUACUGAUUUGGUCCAGAGCUGACAGACUCUGCUGUAUCAUGUCGCCACAGUAAGGCUCCACAGACACUAUCCACCACAGUAAACAUGUUAUUUCGUUGUGCGCCCCUGAAGAUGGCUUUGUGGCUAGUGGCGUGUCUGGGAUGUUUGUUGGUCCGGUCCGGAGCAGAGGACAGCAGCCCGUGGUACCAGGAUCUCUGCAGUUAUAAAUGGGAGGCAAUAGACCAGGACAAUAAUGUCAUCUACACGCUAAAGCUCUGUGAGUCUUCACCAGCAACAAGCUGUGAAGCCAGCACCGCUGUCUGCGCUCGGGACCUCAACACCAGCACUGUUAAGUCUGUCGGUGAGCUGUCCCAGCAGAGGGUCUCUGGCAUGGUGCUGGAUUUUAAUGACACGAAAAAAUGUCCCGGAAGCAACAACAACGUUCAGACCAGCAUCAGCUUCCAGUGCGGAAAAACCAUGGGGACCCCAGAGUUUGUUGCUGUGUCUCAGUGCGUUCAUUACUUUGAGUGGAGGACCUACGCCGCCUGCAAGAAUGAUAAAUUCAAGCCACAGAAAGAGGUGCCCUGCUAUGUGUUUGACUCGGAUGGUAGGAAGCAUGACCUCAACCCUCUGAUCAAAAUGAGCGAUGGCUAUCAGGUGGACGACGGCGACGACAGCAUCGACUUCUACAUCAACAUCUGCCGAACUCUUAAUGCUCCAGAUAAAUCCUGUCCAAAGGAAUCUGCAGCCUGUCUGAUCACCAGUAGUGGCUCCUACAACAUGGGCUCGCCUACCGGACAGCUAGAGCUGGUGUCCAACGAUAGGCUGAGGUUACAGUAUACUGUAAGUACCAGUUCGUCUCAUCCAGAGAUCUGCGAAGGACACAAUCCUGCCGUCACCAUCACUUUCAUCUGUCCAUCAAGCAGACAUUCAGGAAGCCCUCCUAAGAUGACAGCUAAGUCAAACUGUCGCUACGAGGUGGACUGGGUGACUGAAUACGCGUGUCACAGAGACUAUCUGGAGAGCCAUAGCUGUAAACUGACCAGCAAACAGCAUGACUUGUCCAUAGACCUAACACCUCUCACCUUGAGCUCUACAGACCAGCCAUACUAUAUACAUUCUGGGACCAGUGAGGGGGAUGAAAGCUACUUCUACUACCUGAACGUGUGUGGAAAGAUUCCCACUAAGGAAUGUGGUGACGGCGAGUUUAUAUCAUCCUGCCAGGUGAAGAAUUCUGGAGACUUGAAGAAGGUGGCUGGAAGAUAUCAGAACCAGACACUACGUUAUUCAGAUGGAGAUCUGACUCUGAUCUACCCAGAUGGCCAGAGAUGCUCCACCGGCUUCCAGAGAAUGACCAUUAUCAACUUUCAGUGCAACCAGACUGCAUCUAACGGUGGGCGAGGGACUCCCGUUUUUGUAGGGGAGACAGACUGCACUUAUUACUUUGACUGGCAGACGGCCUUCGCCUGCGUCAAAGAGAAGGAAGAUCUACUGUGUCGAGUCAGAGAUGGCAAAAAACACUAUGAUCUUUCACCCCUCACAAGAUACCCUGAGUCAGAUGUCAGCUCGAACUGGGAGGCGGUGGAUGCUAGAUCUCAAAAGUCUGACUCGCGUUUCUACCUGAAUGUCUGUCACAAAGUCACCCAGACAGGAGGGGCUGCUGGCUGCCCGGUGAAUGCCUCCAUCUGUGCCGUGGAUAAGGAUCAUGGGGCCAUCAGCCUGGGCAGCUUCCUCUCUUCUCCCCAGAAGACUGAAAUAGGAAAUGACAUCAGACUGGUGUAUACUGAUGGAAAUUUCUGCGCCAAUAAAAAGAAGAGGAUCCAAACUAUCCUGACCCUCAAGUGCAAACCAGGGUAUCUGGAGGGUGCUCCUGUCCUUCGUAGUGUAUCGUCUGACAAAUGUGUGUACGAGUUAGAGUGGUACACUGCUGCCGCGUGCGUCCUCUCGAAGACGCAGGGAGACGACUGCAAGGUGGAGGACCCUCAGGCUGAGCUCUCUUUCGACUUGUCGCCUCUCUCCAAAGCUGACGGAGGCUUCUACAACCUGACCAGUGGCAACUAUGACUACUACAUCAAUGUCUGCGGUCCUGUCAAAGCUGCCAGCUGUCCUGAAAAGGCUGGAGCAUGCCAGGUCGAAAAGAGUUCUUGGAGUCUCGGGGAAGCAAACUCCCAUCUGUCGUACUACGACGGCAUGAUCCAGCUGACCUACAGUAACGGCUCUCAGUACAACGACCAAAAACACACUCUUAGAUCCACACUCAUCUCUUUCCUGUGUGACCCAGAAGCCGGAGUGGGAAAGCCCGAAUUCCAGGUUGAGGACAAGUACACUUAUAACUUCCGCUGGUAUACAUCCUACGCAUGUCCAGUAAGGCCUCAUGAAUGUUUGGUGACAGACCCCAACACUCUUGAACAGUACGACUUAUCCAGCUUGUCACGCCCCCCCUCUGGUAGCAACUGGCAUGCCAUGGAUUUCUCUGACAGGAGGAAGUACUACAUCAACAUAUGUCGGCCUAUCAAUGCUGUACAAGGCUGUGACCGCCAUGCAUCCGUCUGCCAGAUGAAGUACACAGACAGGAAGGAGGUCGUAUCAGUCAGUAACAUGGGUAUUUCUAAGCGAGGGCCGAUCAUCGAGGAGCGGAACCGGCUGCUGCUGGAGUUCACAGACGGCUCUCUUUGCACGUCAGACGGCCAGAAUCUCGCAUACACAACACGCGUCCACCUGGUCUGCUCCAGAGGAACUGUGUCAGCGGGCCCGCGGUUCCUGUUGUACCAGAACUGUACUGCCAACUUCAUGUGGGAGACCACUGCAGCCUGUGCCAUCACCACCACCAAGAACAAUAACUGCUCUGUGGUCGACCCCAACUCUGGCUUUGAGUUCAACCUGCAGCUUUUGGCUUCUAAGACUGGAUACAGAACAACGGCAAAUGGCAAGGACUUCCUGGUGAAUAUCUGCUCAGACGCGGCAGAAUGUGGAGAGGGCAUGACUGGCUGUGAGCUGGAAGACAAACAUAUCUCCAGUCCAGUGGGGGUGGAAAAGACCCUCCAGUACUCCACCGAUGGCCUCCUCAAACUAAGAUAUAAGGGACCCCUGGACAGUCCCACAGCAUCUCGGGACACCUUCACCAUUAAUUUCGUGUGUGAUCCACACUCUAACCCUGGUUCACUGAAACUGCUGCAAGAGGAGUUGAGUUCUUUACCUCACCAUGUGGUCCACGAUGUCCUCUUUGAGUUCUCCACUGCUCUGGUCUGCGUCCCGGCUCCAGUUGACUGCCAGAUCAGUGAUUCCCAUGGUAAUGAAUAUGACCUGAGUCACCUGAUCCGGGAUGCGGAUGACAGCCCCUGGAUCGCCAUAGAUACAGAUGUGGUCAAAUCACACAGGUUUUACAUCAACAUCUGCAAACCGCUCCCCCCUGUGAAAGAGUGCCCAGUGGGUCCUUUGGGUGCUUGUGGCCUGAUUGAUGGAAAGGGUUACAACCUGGGAUACGUUCAGUCUAGCCCACAGGUGGCGGAGGACGGCUCCAUCAGCAUCGUGUACCAGAACGGAGAACAGUGUGGUUCCACCGCAUCCCACUACUCAACACGCAUCAUCCUCGUGUGUGAUGACAACCCAGGCUCCCCCAUGUUUGAUCGUAAAGAUGGUUGUGAAUAUGUUUUCAUCUGGAGGACAUCUGAGGCCUGCCCUAUCAGGAAGUCUCAAGGUGAUGACUGUCGGGUUCGUGACCCCAGGAGUGGCUACGAGUUCAAUCUGAGCUCUCUGAAGGGUAAAGUUUACCCUGUCCAGAGUGAUAAGUACACGUACCACCUGUCGAUCUGCGAAGGGCUCCAGAAAGACGUCUGCACCCACAAAGAAACGGCCGUCUCCUCCUGCCAGGUGGAGGGCAACAACCACAAGAUCGCAGGAAUGGCAAACCAGCUUCUGAGUUAUGUGGGAGACCAGCUCAUUCUGAACUACACUAAUGGAGACACCUGUCAUAAGAUUUACAAAAGAUCAACUGCAAUCUACUUCUCCUGCCACCCUGACAGGCAUCCUGGGCAACCAGAGUUUAUCAAGGAGACUCCAGACUGUACCUACCUGUUCAGCUGGCCCACCGCUCUGGCCUGCAUCUCAGUCAAAACCACCAGCUGCUCCUACAAUGAUGGUCAGGGCCAGUCGUACGACCUCUCCCCUCUGGCUUUGGACUCUCGAAACUGGGAGGUGGAACCGUCUACAGAGGACACAAAGAAACAGUAUUAUAUUAACGUCUGCAGGUCGCUGGUGCAGCCGGGAGGUUCAUGGAAGUGUCCCUCCAGUUCAGCGUCCUGUGUGAAGGUUGGAGCUGAUGAAUAUGUGAGUCUGGGGCAGGUGGAGUCUGGUCCUACAUGGGACAGAGGUGUCCUGAAGCUGCAGUACACCAGCGGCCAGGCCUGUUCUGAUGGAAUCCGCAACAGGAGCAGCAUCAUCCGCUUCAAGUGUGACAAAGACAAAGUGGACUCCCGGCCUACUCUGAUCUCUGCCAUUGAGGACUGUGUGUACACCUUCCUGUGGUUAACAGCUGCUGCCUGCCCUCUGAACAACACCCAACACGACAACUGCAGGGUCACCAACCCUGCUACAGGUCAUUUGUUUGAUCUCAGCUCCCUGACAAAAGAAGGAGGUUACACUGUGUACGAUCCGCAGGAAAACAGGAAGAUGUACCGCAUGAACAUCUGUGGAAAUAUGACCAAUGCUGGAUGCAGCCCUGGAACUGCUGUGUGUAUUAAGGAUACAACUACUGCGGUGAGCGGUGGUCAGGUGAGCAAGAAACUCUCAUACAAGGAUCACGUUCUGGAGCUUACUUAUGAUGGAGGAAGUCCCUGCCCAGCAAACCCCAACCUCAAACACAAAACCAUCAUCCAAUUCAUCUGCAGGCCACCUAACAUGGGUUCAGCCCCUCCAGAGCCAGUUCUCAGUGACUCAAACACUGAGACUUGCACGCAUAUAAUGUCUUUCCACACACCCCUGGUCUGCGAACAGCCAGUAAGGUGUUCAGUCCAGAACGGCUCUGCUUUAAUAGACCUGACUCCUCUGAUUCAUGUCAGUGGAUACUACACAGCAACAGAUGAGGCAGUGGACCAAAGUGAUGGAUCGCCAGACUUCUACAUCAACGUCUGUCAGGCUCUGAACCCCAUCCCUGGGGUCAACUGCCCCGCUGGAGCUGCCGUCUGUAUGGACCCUGAUAAUGGAUCUCCUGUGGACAUUGGGAGAACUACCAGCGGCCCUGAGAUCAAUAAGGCAACAGGGGAAGUGUCCAUCACUUACAACAGCUCCACAAAGUGUGCGGCUAAUCCUGCACAGAACUACACUUCAACCAUCAUCUUUACCUGCCAGAGAGGCCUGGAGCUGGGCUCUCCGCAAAUGCUGAGGCUGCAGGAAUGUGUUUAUUUGUUUGAGUGGGCAACCCCUAUAGUCUGUUCAGAUGCCACCCACACCAGUGGCUGCCAGCUCACAGACUCUCAGCUCCAGUUCACCUUUAACCUGUCGGCCCUCUCCGGGGAAGUCCAGGUACCAGCGGGUUCCAGCAUCUACCACAUCAAUGUCUGCGGGUCAGUGGCAGAGCCGGCCUGUAAGAAAAGCACAGUUUGCCGGGUGUCCGGUUCUGGUUCAGACAAGUCAGCUUCAUCAUUUGGCAUCAGCAAGGCCAUGACUAUGACCUUCAAACAUGAUGAGCAGGCUGUAUUGAUGCAGUAUGGUGGAGGGGAUCCCUGCCCACCAGUGACCAGUGACGGCCAGGUGUGUGUGUUCCCCUUCACUCACAUGAAGAAGUCAUAUACAGAGUGCACCACAGACGACAGGACAGAUGGCAAGAAGUGGUGUUCCACCACUGCAAGCUAUGACACGGACAAGAAGUGGGGAUUCUGCAAUGAAGCCUCUGGUAAGCGUCAGUCCAUCAUGUUGUUUACCUGCGACCAGUCCGCAGGCCACGGCACUCCACAGCUGCUGUCAGAGACGGCAGGUUGUUCAGCCACUUUUCAGUGGAGGACCGAUGCUGUUUGUCCACCGAGGAAGAUGCAGUGUAAACUGGUUAGCCAGCACCAAACCUUCAACCUCCGAACCCUGUCCUCCCUCACUGAGCCGUGGAAGUUUAGCCACCAAGGAGAUUCGUAUUUCAUCAACCUGUGUCAGGGUAUCCACGGUGGAUUACCAGGUUGUCCAGAAGACGCAACUGUGUGCCGACGCUCAGCAGCCGGAAAGACCCAGACCCUGGGCCGUGUUUAUACUCAGAAAAUGAGCUACACUGAUGGAAAGAUCUCUGUGAGUUACUCAGCGGGGGAUGAUGUUUGUGGUAACGGCGUGAAGGCCAAGACUGUGAUCCAGCUGAGCUGUGGCUCCACAGUUGGACACCCAGCACUCAUCAGAGUCGAUGAGGCAUCAUGUGAGUUUGUGAUUGGCUGGGAGACUCGGUCGGCCUGUGCGGUGAAGCAGCAUGAGGUGGAGAUUGUGAAUGGGAUGAUACAGGUUCCUGACACUGGAGCCAGCCUCAAUCUGGGAGAACUCUACUUCAGCCACCAUCUGGCAUCUGGAGACAUCCGUCCCAACGGCGACCGCUACAUCUACCACAUCCAAUUAUCCGGCAUCACCAACAACUCCCUGACCAACUGUCUUGGUGCCAACAUCUGCCAGGUCAAACUCAACGCGCCCUACAGACGCAGGAUUGGCUCCUCCAGCAAGGCCAAGUACUACAUUAAAGGAGGAAACCUGGAUGUGAUGGUGCCCUCAGAGUCGGUGUGUGGGCGGGAGCAGACAAAAAAGGUGUCAUCCACAAUCAUGUUCCACUGCAACCCCUCAGCAGGCGUCGGCAUCCCAGAGUUUAUGCUGGAGACGGAUGGAUGCCAGUAUCUGUUUGUGUGGCACACGGACGCUGUGUGUGGUCUCACAACUAUUGACACACAGUCAUAUGAUGACGACGUCAGCGAGACUCCAGCUCUUUCUAGGCGGAGCCAGGCGAUGGGAAUGAUAUUGAGCCUCCUGUUGGUGGGUCUGUCUGUCUGUCUGCUGGGGCUUUUGCUCCACAAGAGAGAGAGGAGAGAGCUGGUGAUCCAGAAGGUCACUGGCUGCUGCAGGAGAGGAAACCAAGUCUCCUAUAAAUAUUCCAAGGUCAACAUGGACGAAGAAGGGGGCGAAGAGGAGAUGGAGUGGCUGAUGGAGGAGCUGGAAGCCCCUCUCACAACUUCUUCCGCAUCCUCCCACCGUGGUAGGAGUAUCCAUGGCAACGGUCACAUCAAGACCAAGCCGGUGAACACAGACGGCCUGCGUUCAUUCUCGCUGGAUGACCAGGACGAUGACAGCGAGGACGAGGUGCUGAGCGUCCCAGGGGUGCGAGUGGUCAAAUCCUCUGGACUUGCCAGCCGCUCUGCGGCCCAUCGCAGUGCCUUCCUCCAGGAGGAGAGCGAUGAGGAUCUGGUCGGCCUCCUGGACGAGUCAGACAGGAAGAGGAAAGGCAGCAAACUUCGCCCCUUAGGCCCUAACCACGCUAACAACACGGAAGCCAAUAGGAAACCGGACGAGGAUGACAGUGACGAGGACCUCCUCAGGGUGUGAUGUCACUUCCUUCUUCCCUCUCCCCCUAAAUCCUAUCUGAACUUUUCUCUCUCAGUGAAUGUCUCCAUAAUAGCAACAACAACGAUGAAAUACAAACAACAUAAUGAAAGCAGAAACCUUUCCUCUCUUUUGGGAUUUUCUUUUGUUGGACUGCACCUUAAUUUGGCCUGCUGAGACUCUGUCCAGUCUUCUGUCUACAGACUGUUGAUGUUAGUACAUGGUUUCUUAUUUAUUGAUUUGCUGAUUAUUUAAAGUGUAAAAAAGUUUUGACCUUCACCCUAUUUUCUCAUAUUUUCAGUCAUAAUCAAGAAAUUAAAAAUUUACUUCACUAUAGUUACUUCCGUCUUGCCACAUGUAUCCAAUACAGACCUAACAGGCCUGUUGAGACUCUAAGAAUCAGCGACAGACGCACAGGGUGUUGACUCUGCAAUGAGGCAUGUCAAUGAAAAGAUGUGAACAUUUGUCUUUCUUUUGUUUGAGAGUUUUGAACGUAAGCUGUGCCGUUGCUUUAGCACUUUAUUGCAGCAUCGAUUAAUUGAAAAUAAUACAUGCCUCUUUGCAGACUGGGCAAAUUUUUAGUGUGCACUGGCCUGUUAAGGCCUGUAUUUGAUAAAUGUGAUGAGAUGUACAGUUAAUUAGCUUGAUAGUAAAAACAGUAGCAGAUUAUGGGAGAAAAGCAAUGGCUGUCAAAGAAAAUUAAAGCAGUAGGCAGUGAAGGUGUCUGCUUGUGUUGUUUCUAAAGGGAAUGAAGUCUUUUCUGUUUACAGUUGCUAUAUUUUCUCUUUCUUUCCCCUCGAAAAGAAAGUGCUAUGCCUUCCUGAUGAUGAAUUGACUUUGCUUUUUCAUCGAUUAAUCGUGUCCGGCGACAGAUUGAUUCUUGUCUUGUUUUGAUCAGAGACAUUGUACAUAGGUGAUAAUGUUCUAUAAUAUGGACGUUUUGUUUGUUGUCUUCACCGGUGAACAGCUCACACGUUUGUUUUUAUGAUUAUUUAAAUGGUUGUCUGAGCUGACGAUCUGUACGUAUCUCUGUUCUGUGCGAAAAUACAGAUGGCCUUAAGUGUGAAUGGACGGUCGACGUGGAUGGAAGGUUGAAAGUGAAACUUGAGAUGUUAGUUUAGGUUGUGUUGGUUCCCCUCCCGCGAAAGCCAUAUAUCUACAGCCACCACAGGCACUAAUGUAUGGAAGUUUUUUCCGCUUGCACGCUCCAGUACAUUGAAGGCUCAGUUUUGGUAUUCAGGUCUGUGAUUGCAGACGUUGUUGCAUCAAAAGUGAGAUUUUAACUCUGUAAAGCCAAGUUUUUGUAGUACCGAAAUUUGCCCUUUUUAGCCAAAUGCAUGUAAGACAAAAGAAAGAAGUGAAGCAUAAAUGUAUCAAGAAUGCAGGCAGUUGACUUGCAUAUAACAUAUUUUCUGCUUAAUAAUGAAAGUAUUGUUUUCACAAAGGAUAUCAUCAAUGAUGGGUGUAUGUGUCUUUCUAAAAUGAAUUCAAACUGACUGCAGUGUUCCCACAUGAGAGUGAUAUGAGCAAACCUACACAGUAUGAACACACGGAGUAUUUGGGUUCCGUCCCAUUAUUGCCUCGUUUCUUUGGUCCAAGCCAAGUUGUUGUGAAGUUAGUGUCUUUUUGGAUUACACAAUGAGAACACAGACUGAAUUUACAAACUCACAAAUAGCUAAACUUUCACGCCCCCAUGUCAUUCUCCCAAUUCAGAUGUUCUGGCAGUGAGCAGAAUCAAAACAAAUCAAACUUGAACUAAACAUGGUGCUCUUGGUGUGGUUUGUUUUCAUUAUCUGAUAAACAGUUCCCUUCACAAGUUCAAGGUGAUGUCUUCAAAUAUAUUUUGUCUGAACAUCACUACAAAACCCAAAGAUACACAGAAAUGUUGGCAAAUUAUUUUCUGUAAAUCAACUAACUGAUUAGCUGACUAAUAGUGUAAACCCUUGUGUUUUCAUAAUUUUCUUGGUUUACUUUUGUCCAUUUGAGCAUAAAAGUUCAUUUAUGACACUUUUAACUUUUUCCCGCAGAUUUUGGCAAAUGCUUAGUUGUCAACUAUCAAUUUGCUUGUUGACAACUGAGCAUUAUUUGUCUCCUGAUUACUGUGAGAUGUGAUUGAAAGCCCGCGAUUUGGCCUUGAGUUGAUAGUUUUCUUUGUUAAACUACUUGGUCCAAGUUUGAGGAGCUGCUAGCCAGCAGGUAUAAUUCAGGCGGAAACACUAAGUCAAUAUCAAUAAUAAUAAUCGUCACCAGCUUUCGAUAGUCAGUUAAUCAUUCAGUCGAUUAUCAAGUGUUUUGUUUUUCAGUUUCCCAAAUGUGACGAUUAUCUGUGUUUCAUUGUUAAUUAAACACCUUUGGGUUUUAGACUUUAGACAGUUGUCACUUUUUUGUUGUUUUCUAGACAAACAAUUAAUUGAUUCAUCAAAGAAAUGAUAAUUCAUUCAUUGAUAAUGAAAAUAAUAAUCAGCUACUGUCUGAUGAAACUGCACUGCAGUGGGAAAUUUUUAGGUUUCUCAUCUCACCAAACAAACUGAAAGUUCAACAGAUUAAUUAAACCACUCCACACUUACUUUCGGUGAAUGUCUUACCUUGGGAGAGCACCUGUUGAGUUAUUGACAGAUUUUGUAUUGAUUUGCAGUCACAUACAAAGUGCACAGACUAUGAAUAUUUAUUACGUUAUAUACAUUGAUUACAUUGUCCACAGUACGAAGGAGAAUGACGAUGGAUGAUUCACUUUUGGGUUUUGUCAGUAUUCAAUCCAAAGAAACUUCUAAAACAAACAAAAAAAAUGAUGAUGCUAAACUUUCUUAUCAAUCAAGAACGUUCACCAUUCAGGGUAUUUCUAAAGCUUUGUACACAAAAAUUGUUAGACCAGUUUUAAUAAGAUGCCACUUUGUCCAAAACAGACAAAAAAAAAUGACAAAAAGAUCUGAACUGGCAUUUACACUGGGAACAUGAUGUGUCAUAAUAGUGACACAAAUGAUAGAUCUUUAGAUCAUCAUGUUCCUGUCUUUUAUUCCAUGGGUGUUCAGUGACUUGUUUUCCAGUGUUAUUAUCUCUGAGAUCACAAAUGGAAAUGAAACCUUUCAGAAGCUGUGUUUGAGUAAAAUUGUCUGACUCCAGAAAGAAGAAUUAUCUCACUUAGGUCUUUGUAGAAUAACGGUAUCAUAAAGUUACUGAUCUGAAGUGAAAUCUACCUUUGAGAGCGUGACAAACGAACGGGGCACAUUUCCAAAGAACAAUAAAAUUUGUGCAAUUACAAAUGGAUCCGAAUGAAAUGUCAGAAUUCCAUAUGUAUUAAAUAUAAGUUAAACAGAAGUUAAAGUGAAAUCAAGCCUGUCGUUGGCAGAGUUGACAGAGUUUUUAUAAAACAUAAUUUUAGCAUUCAUUCAGCAUGUGGACUCCGGCUGUUGUUUUGAAAGCGUUUUACUUUAAGGUUUCAACUGGGAUAAAAGCAUCUUCCUGUGUUUGGCACUUUGUAAUCAACUCAUCUCUCCUGAGGAGACGUAGCAGCACACAAGCAGAUGUUCCCGUUAAGUAUGUGAAAUCCUUUUCCAUUGUUGCAUAACGUCUGUAUCUGCUGUAUUUAGCACCAAAGUUUGUGUGUCUCAUCUGCAUGGUACAGUACUGAACCGCCUCUUCCCUAUGAAGAUAUGAAUGGACAUUCUUGUGCUUUUUUGUCUACUUUAGAGCACAGAACUGUUUUGGGGGUUACGAGAAACUAAUUCAGUUUAAUUCAGAAGCAGACAAACAUGCUCGGAGAAUAAAGUGACUAAAAAAAGCACAAGUUUUCUGUGAUGAUUCAGUACUAUGGGAGAUCAUUAUUAUGUUUGAGUUGGUGUAAGUUAUGUUGUCUGUUGUUUUUCAGCUCUUCGCCUGUUUUCCUAUUUAAAAAACAUUGAUGUAAAAACUAUUGCAUUAUUUGAAUAAAUGAGAUCUGCUGUUUA